GAGGUCCUUGUACUAACCACGACAAGGUGGCAAAAGAAUAAUAUUUAUGUAUGUUUUAAUUAAUUGUGUAUAUAUAUAUAAAAAAAAACUCGCAAUUCCUUUUCGCUUUAUCCUAACUUGGAAGACUCCAGUGUCUUCUUGCGGCUAAAUUAAAACAUGGACGAGGCGAAUCAAUCUUCACAAUCAGUGGCAAGCGGUCAGUCGCAGCAACGGCCUGUCAGUCAUCCACGACCAUUUUGCUAUGUACAGCCACCCUCUCAACCUUAUAACUCGUACCAGUGGCAUACAAACAACCCAUACAACCACUACAACUUCCCCGGAUCAGGUUUACCUUUCGGACGUACAUGCUUCUCUCCCUACUCUUAUAUGCAGUAUCCAGGAUAUGUCAUGCCUCAUGCUCCAGUGCAUCUCCUUGACUACAGAAGAAUGUAUGACCCUCACUUCAACCCUGCAGCAUAUGACACUGUUCGUCGCCACCAUCACCAUAGCAAUGUGUCGAGGGAGACCACCUGCUCUGGUGCCCAGACAGACCCCAGUGAUGCUUUGAACAAACUGAUUGAGUGCCUGGAUAAACUCCGUGCAAGCGAGACCUCCUCUGAACGAGAGCUAGACUCAGGCGUCAUCUCUCCGACAUCUGGAGUCUGUUCAUUGAGAGAUGAGUCGAAAAAAGAGGAACCAGAAGAGGGUAAUAAGCAAGAGCCAAUACGCACCCAGAUUCCCCCAGCAUCUGCUGGGGCUUUGUUCAACAAUGCGACCACAUCUGCGUGCGAAUCAAAUACCAGUCAGAGACAGCGGGAGGGCUGGUCAAUGGAUUCAGAUGGUGAGCCACCUCUGGACACUUCAUCUGUUCGUGAGAAGCAUGAGCUUGAGGAGGAGGAGGAUGAGGAAGAGAAUGACAAUGAUGUACAUUUUCAUUUUUGUCAUACUGAAAAGCAAGUCUUGACCUCUGACUAUCCACAAGAUCAUCCUGUUUGCUGUGGAGAAACCAAGAGCUCCUCAUUUGAAGGGUUUCAUUCCCACAUUGACUCCAGUCAAGGGCCUGAAGAUGGCAUGAUACAAGGCACAGAGGAGAUCUACAGGGUAGUCCCUCAGAGUGAAGCAAGAACGGCAACCAAGGAGUCUGACAUGGAUGAUGGUGAUGACCUUGACCUGCCAUACCGAAUUGUUCAUCUGCCUUUUGGCAGGGUGCUUUCUGCUGGAGUCAUUCAGAAGAACCUUCCUGUCAAGGCUCCCUCCGCUGUCCCUCCACUCUCCCUUGGCAAUCCCUUCUAUUAUAGCUAUUGUCCCCCACAGCUGGCCCAUGAGCGCUUGAGUGUCCUUAGCCCCUCUCUGGACGAGCUGUCCUCGAGGGAUGAGAUGUUUUCCACUGACCUUGACGACAUGGAUCUGUUUCCAGGUCACGUGUACACUGGGGGAAGACGGCCUGAAUUGACUGCCAUGGAAGUGCAAAAGCCAGCGCUGACUGAGAGUGGCACCAUGCGCCUCAGGAAGUAUACAUGUGCCACGUGUGGCCUUCGGGUGCCCAAGAGGAUGGUCACAACAGAAGCACACAUCUCUGGAGCUUAUUGCUGCGAUGACCAGGGUGACUCCGAUGAAGGUGCCGUAUAUGAAGCUGAUAAAGUAGAAAGUAUAAAGUCCUGUUCAAGGAAUAUUAGAAAGAAGGCCCCCACCUGUCGAACCUUAAAGUCCAAAUGUCUCCAACACCGAACAAAACCUAGUUCUAGGAGGUUGUACUGCAGAGCGAAAACUGAUCACCAAGGACAGUCAGAAUGUAAGGCUUGGGACUAUCCAAUGCACAAGUGCUGUGAAGAAUUGGCUGCUAUGACUGAGAGGAGCCAUAGACAUGAGCCCAGAGAGGAACAACAUAGACCAUGCAGGGAGAAACAGUGGAGAGAAGGUGAGGGUCGGCACCAGGACUGUCGAGAGACUGGAGGUGGAAAGGGUUCAGUUAAACCCCCAAAAGUUCAACCUUUGCCACAGAAACAAGCAAGGAGGGUCCAGAGGAGAUCUGUGGCUAAGCCACAACUGUGUAAGAACUCAAAAAACCAAAACCCAGAGAACGACAAAGAAGAGGAGGAAGAUGAGGGAGAGGAAAUAGAGCUGCCUUAGUUUCACGUCGGAAUUGGGAGCACAAAAUGGAAGAACAUGAUGUCCACAUAAAUUCACAAAGGGUUUUGCGGCAAUGGAUGAAUUUACAGAGAGGGUCACAGUAGUCACUGAAAAAUGCACAGAAUACCAUAAUCUUUGAGUUUGAUCAAAUUUUGUAAAAUAAUUUGCACUAUGCUAGUUACAAUACUUUCAUUUUGGUGUAAGGUUAUUAUGGCACUUAUGAAUAAAAUGUUUUGUUAUCAUCUUGCUCUUUGAACAUUUAGUUUCCCUGGCUGUAAUGCUUUGCAGUGAAGAUGGCAUUAAAAUAUUUGCAAUUCUCACAGA